AAAACUUCUCUCUUUUACCAUCGGGGAAGACUUGAGCGCAAAAUUUAUUUCUCCCCUAUCGCGCCGCCACCAUUCCGCCCGACGUCUGCUUCGCCACCACGCUCAACAACUUGACGACUCCUUUGUUUUUCAAGAAGCUCCUAGACAAACAUGGAUGGAGUCAUUUUAGGCAUGCCUGGGCCAUGGGCUGAGAGUAAUUAUGAAGAAGCUGAUAUAUAUACUACGAAAAUCGGAGGCAUUCCUGUAUUUUACUCAAAUCUUGUUUGAGAAUUAUAUUUCCUACUUUCAGAAUGUGCUGCUUCCUGAAUUUUGGUUUGCUAUACCCGUUGAUCAGGAUUUUCCUAUUCCACUUUUUUAUGAGAAGCCGGAUCUGCUUAAGUGCGAUACGUGUAGGAGCAAUCUUUCUCUCGUUGCCCAGGUCCAUGCUCCUGUUUCGAGUGCGUCUUUGACAAUAGACGAGCGACUAAUCUUUGUUUUGGCCUGUAUGGUUCCAAGGUGUGAGAGCCCCAUCUGGAAAGCACUUCGAGUACAGAAAAUUUUAAGCAACAAAAGGGUCGAAUCACCUAUGUCUACUUCUUGUUCAAAAACUAAUUGGCUGGAUGACCUAUGCUCGUUUGACGUUGGAGAAGAGGAUGAUGACAUAGACAUAGAGGACUUGAGUAGGGCCCUUUCGGAAGCCGCUAGUUUAAAUUCUACUGACGAAAAGCAGAAUAACGUCGCUAAGCCCAGGAAAGAAUAUAUGUCCACUGGUCAAUCAAGUAGGUCUAUUGAUAGUAGUAUUCCAGUUUUGCCGUGCUUCUAUACAUAUGCUCAAGAAGAGAAGCUAUCCAAAAAGGCUAUUUCCGAAAGUUCUAAGCUUCAAAUCUCCAUUGAAGAGUAUGAGAAAAAUCGUAAAGAUGACCCUGAUGGAGAAACUUACGGAGAGGAGAAAUAUGAAUAUGAUUCAGCAUUAAAUGCUGAUAGAACUUACCUCAAGUUUAUGAAAAGAAUGGAUGCCUACCCAGAGCAAUGCUUCAGGUACUCCUACGCUGGAAAACCUCUAUUGGCUUCUGGAGAGAUAGGGAAUCCCGGAUCCUGCAAGCUCUGUGGUGGGGCAAGGCAUUUCGAAAUGCAGUUGAUGCCGACAUUGAUAUUCUUCUUGCUGGAGAGAAGCGAUGAUCAACAGAGGAUACCUUUGGAAAAGUUUGAUUGGUUGACUGUUUUUGUGUACACCUGUUCCACGAACUGUGCAGGUGCAGAAUUUCAAGUUAAAUCUGGUGACGACGAAUGGAUAGUAGCUGAGGAGGCACUUAUAUUCCAGCAAGAGUGAAGAAUUGAAGUGAAGUUUAAGGGUUUUUCUCUCUUUCAUUCUUUCUUUUUUGUUGUGGGUGGUGAGUAUUACUCAUUUGUAGUGUUAAUAUUUUGACAAUUUUUGUAUCUUGAGAAAUUUACUUAAACUACAGAGAUUUAAACCGAUCAUAAAAAUGCAGCAGUGUAUAUGAAUUGAGCUAUCAUUCUUUUAGUAGCUCAUAUCCUUUUGAUA